AAUUAAAGAUUUUGAUCUUUGUUUAAGACCUAGAAGAGAAAGUGAGAAAUCGAGAGAAUGGAGUCAUCGGGCAGUUGGCUAGAGAAGGCGCUACUUGAUCUCUGUAAGAGAACGGAGACCGGCUUGGAUUUGGAUGGUGAAGUCAUAUCAGGUCUCGUCUCAUACUGUGAACUCGCUUCUCCCGUCGACGCCAAGGAAUAUCUUGAUAAUAUCAUAGGCCAGGAAAUAGGUAAAACUGCGAUAGAGGAGUACUUGAAGCGGAGAGGCUAUCACAGCAUCCCCAGUAAUACCUCAGAAGCCUCAACCUCAAGGUUACAAGCAUAUGUCAAACCGCCUUCCAAUGAGUUAGUUGGUGGAAAUAAAAAACCCGUUAAGGCAUUAAAAGAUGCAACAGUUAUCAAUAAUCAGGAGAAACGGGUUCCAACUGCGACCAAUGGUUCAACAAGAGGCAACCAAAAGGAAAAUCAAAAUAAUUCUAGGAAGAAAAAGUCUGGUAAAGUAAUUUCUCUGGCUGAGGCAGCAAAAGGAUCAAUUGUUUUCCAGAAAGGAAAACCAUGUUCAUGCCAAGCCCGAAGUCAUCGCUUGGUGAGCAACUGUUUGUCUUGUGGAAAGAUUGUAUGUGAACAGGAAGGGGAGGGACCUUGCCACUUCUGUGGUGCACUUGUUCUGAAAGAAGGAAGCACGUAUGCUGGUCUUGACGAAGGCUCAUUUCUUCUAAAUGAUGCUGAAGCAGCAGCUGAAGCUUAUGCAAAGAGGUUGGUCGAUUAUGAUCGGAAUUCAGCUGCUCGUACGACUGUUAUUGAUGACCAAAGUGACUAUUACGAGAUUGAUAGCAAUAGCUGGCUCUCUAUUGAGGAAAAGGAGCUUUUAAAGAAGAAAAAGGAAGAAAUUGAACAAGCUGAACUUGCUAUGAAGAGCAAAGUGAAAAUGUCCUUUGACUUGGUUGGGCGCAAGGUGCUUAUAAAUGAGGACGAUACAUCGGAAUUGGAAACGAACAACCACAUACUUCGGCCACUUAAAGAUCGAGAAAUCAAUAGGAUUAAACCAAAUCCAUUUCUGGAAAUCCAACCGGUCUACAUUGAUCCAGGCAACAAGAAGAGAACACCUACUAAACGGGAGAACUCGAAGAACAACAAGGGCUCAUCAAGCAGCAACAUGUGCUUUGAGAUAAGCGGGAGAGUUCAACAUGAUCAAAACGAUUUGAAACGUUUUAUUGUUGAUAGUCAGCAAAGUGGAGAAACUUGGGGCAAACCGGCCACAUCAAGCAAGUCGCAUGUGGACGAUGACAAAGAAUGUUCUCUCGAUUACGACUAAAACCUUUCGCUAGCUUUUCCGACAAUUGAGAAGUCUGGUUUAAUUUGUUCUAUAUCAUGGUUAUUAUUGUUAUCUGUCAUUAUCCAAUGUUAUUAUACUAAGAAAUGUUUUUGUUUUU